UUAUCGCGCACUCAGACGGCGAGAAAAAGUGAAAGCAAACCCAAACAGAAACGCCAUUAUUUGCAACUCCUAAUUAUCCUUCCACAUGAUUCUCAUCUAGAACUUUGGCUCCACUUUACCAACCCAGAGUCUCUGUCAAAACAACCAAACCAUGGCGGGUGUCGCAGUGCGGUCCCAAACCUCGCUCACCAAAGCCGCAUGCAGGAUCUCGUCGCCGACAACGAGAAGCUAUGCAACCUCGAUUCCCGCAAGAGCCCAUCACCGCAUCGUCAUUGUCGGCGGAGGAACAGCCGGCGUGACGGUCGCUGCCCAGGUGGCUCGCGCAAACCAGCUCGAUAAGCCCGAUAUUGCCAUUCUAGACCCCGCGUCAACUCACCACUACCAGCCUGGAUGGACCCUUGUAGGCUCAGGACUCAAGCCUCUGUCUCAGAUGCAGCGGCCGCUCCCUUCGGUUAUCCCGCCUGGAGUGAAGCACUACCCCCUCAGUGUGUCCAACUUCGACCCAGCAAACAGCGUGGUCAAGACCUCUGAAGGCGUCGAUAUCUCCUAUGACUUCCUAGUCGUUGCCCCCGGCCUUGAGACCAAUAUCUCGGGCGUGUCGGGUCUUUCCGAGGCCCUGCAAGAUCCCGCGAGGCCCGUUUCAUCCAUCUACUCGGCCCAAACGGUCGAAAAGGUCUGGAAGAACAUCCAAGCACUUAAGCAGGGAAAUGCCAUCUUCACCCAGCCGGCUGGUAUGAUCAAGUGUGCUGGUGCACCGCAGAAGAUCCUCUGGAUGGCUCUUUCACAGUGGACCCGGGACGGGGUCCGAGGCAACAUUGACGCGACUUUCGCUACUGGCGCGCCCGUAAUGUUUGCGGUGCCAAAGUAUUCCCAGGCACUCGAAUCGCUCCGCCAGCAACGUAAUGUCGAGGGUUUAUUUCAGCACAACCUCAUCGCGGUCGAUUCGAAGAGUAAUGUUGCCACCUUCAAGAAUCUUGCCGAUGGUGGAAAGGAGGUGCAGAAACCAUUCGAUUUCCUGCACGUAGUCCCGCCGCAGAAACCGUGGGACUGGGUUGCAAAGUCGCCCCUGGCUGAUGAGGCGGGCUGGGUCGCUGUCGACAAAGCGACGACCCAACACACCAAAUACCCUAACGUGUUCUCGCUUGGCGAUGCGUCGAGCCUGCCCAACAGCAAGACAGCCGCCGCCAUCACCUCGCAAGCCCCAGUUCUCGUGCACAACCUGCUCUCCGUCAUGAGCGGAAAGCAGCUGAACGCCGAGUAUGACGGCUAUGCGAGCUGUCCACUGUUGACUGGACACAACGAGCUCAUGCUCUGCGAGUUCAAGUACGGCGGGGUGCCAAAGGAGACGUUCUCAAGCCUUGUCGGUGGCCAGGAGAAACCGAGACGCGCGUUUUACCACUUGAAGAAGGAUUUCUUUCCAAGCAUCUAUUGGAGUAGCUUCGUGAAAGGGAAAUGGUUUGGACCAAAGGCGUUUUCUCAGCCAAAGUAUCCGUAGAUUUUCAGCACAGUAUCUGCAUUGUAAUUGGAAGGCAUUAUAUAGCGCAUAGCACGUGGAUCAGAGGCAUGAGGAAUACCAUUGUUUAGCCCCUGAAAGAGGCCGGGUUUUCAGAGAUUGUACGAGUUCACCAAUCGUCGCUGUUUGACACGACCCGACAACCCGCACCUCCGAUAUACUCACGCGCCUCUGCUUCGUUCCUGACCACGCGUGGUUGACGGGCUUCGGGUGCAUCAUCGCCAUUCAUCUUCAAGACCCCAGAGGGAUCGAUCAC